AUGACAGACUCUAACGCCGCUGACUUGCCUCACCUGGAUAUGAGGGCUGAGAGACGUAAGAUACAGAAUCGCGUGAAUCAACGCACCUAUCGCAUGAGGCAGAGUGUGCAGAAGAGCGAACCCGCGCGACCUCGGCGUUGGAAGGUCAUCGGGUCGCUAAGCAGUCACCAUCCCGCUCCCAUCACAGGGGACGGUGGCGCAAUGCAGGCCAGCAGUACUCUCCCUCCUCCUCCUCCUCCUCCCUCCUCCUCUCAUAGUUCCGAUCAUGCCCUCUACCAAACUAGCGAAUUCCAGCGGGAUGCCAUUGUUUGCCGCCUGGCGCCCCCCCACGGCGGAGAACGGGCCCGCCAAUUCGAGCUGGCCGCGUACCGGCACUACAUGCAGGGGACUCCCCAGGUCGACCAGCUGCUCACGCUGGUCAAACUGAAUGUCUACCGUGCAUUGGCCGCCAACCUGAACGCUCUCGGGAUGACGGACAUCAGGGGCUGGAUGCACCCGGAUGCCACCUCGGCCUUUGCCACCCUGCAGCCGAGCGCCGCCGCCGCCCUCGACCGCGCCCUGCCCAAGCAUCUCCAGCCGACCGCCAUCCAGCGGGCGGUGCCACACCACCCCUGGCUGGACUUCUUCCCGCAUCCCCGGAUGCGCGACCGGCUGAUCGUGGCCGGGGAUCAGUUCGACGACGAGGAACUGUGCGUGGACAUCAUGGGCUUCUGGACCGCCGGCAAGGAGGACCCGGCGCUGAUCGUCUGGGGCCCGCCGUGGGACAUCGCCAAUUGGGAGAUGUCGGACGCCUUCGUCCGCAAAUGGGGAUGGACGGUCAAGGACUGCCCGGACCUGUUCCGGGCGACCAAUACAUGGAGGGCCCUACGCGGGGACAAGCGGCUCUGCAGCCGGUGA